AGCGCUUAGGGUUUCUAGGGUUUUUAAUCAUGUUACAGCCAUCUCUUUAUCAAAACGCCGCAUAUAUAACCCAUAUUUCUGGCUUUGAGUCUCCCAUUUUCUAAGAGCUAGAGACGCUGAGAGAGGCAGAGUCCUUUAACCCAAGCAAUGGCUCCCAAGACUCCGAAGGUGAGCAGAAACCCAGAUCUAGUUCGAGGAAUUGGCAAGUACUCGAGGUCUCAGAUGUACCACAAGAGGGGUUUGUGGGCUAUCAAGGCUAAAAACGGAGGCGUAUUCCCAAAGCACGACCCUAAACCCAAGCCAGCUGCUGCAGCGGAGAAGCCUGCAAAAUUUUAUCCGGCAGAUGACGUUAAAAAGCCUUUGCUUAAUAAGCGCAAGCCCAAACCUGCCAAGCUCAGAGCUAGCAUCACAGCAGGAACUGUUUUGAUCAUUCUUGCCGGAAGGUUCAAGGGCAAGAGAGUUGUUUUCCUGAAGCAGCUCACCUCUGGGCUGCUUUUGGUCACUGGACCAUUUAAGAUCAAUGGUGUCCCCCUUAGGAGACUGAAUCAAUCUUAUGUCAUUGCUACUUCCACCAAGGUUGAUAUAUCUGGGGUUAAUGUCGAUAAGUUUGAUGACACAUACUUUGCCAAGCAAGGUGAGAGGAAGAAAAAGAAGGGCGAGGGCGAGUUCUUUGAGUCUGAGAAAGAGGAAAAGAAUGUGCUUCCACAAGAGAAGAAGGAUGAUCAAAAGACUGUGGAUGCACCAUUAAUUAAAUCAAUUGAGGGGGUCCCAGACUUGAAGGCUUAUUUAGGGGCUAGAUUUUCUCUUAAGGCAGGAAUGAAGCCUCAUGAGCUUGUCUUCUAGAGGGAAAACUGAUUAGGAUUGUUCCCCAUGACUUUGCUGGAUUUUGUUUGAACCUUGUUUUAGCAGUUUUCUUGUUUCGUUUUUGCCAAUAGACAGCUAUAUGAACCUCAAGUGUAUGGCAAUGCAUUGUGCAAUGGAAUUUUUCUUGUUCCCAUUUCUGUUAGUGUGGUUGCUUAGACUAUUGAUUAGUCUGAUUUAUUAAUACAAUAUGGGAAUUAUUUCUUUC